UAUUUGACAUUAGACGUUUUGGAUUCUAUUUCACUUCCCUGGUCAUGGUGGUUUCGAAAAAUUGGAAGGAAGAUGAGGAAAAUGUAAAAUCUUUAGUUAGCGAUAAGAAUGAAAACGCAAAAAACGUCGAACAAAUUUGGAGGAGUGGUGUUACUGAUCAAUCUGCUGCUGCAUACAUGGAUAAUUUAUCGAACAAUUGUGCUCAAAUAAUUUUGCUAUGUCAACCAAAUUCACAUUUAUUUCAAACACGGAAAAUACAAUUAGAAGAAAAUGUUGAAAUAAAAGUUGGCCGUUCUAUAGCUCGGAGUCGAGCUUCUGAAAAUAAUGGUAUUUUUGAUUGCAAAGUGCUAUCAAGAAAUCAUGCUGUAUUAUGGUUUAGUGAUGGAAAAUUUUACGUUAAGGAUACUAAAAGCAGUAAUGGUACAUUUAUCAAUGACAGGCGUAUUAAUCAUUCAGAACCAGAAGAAUUAAAUUCCGGAGAUGUUGUUAAAUUUGGAGUGGAUGUAAUAGAAAAUACUCGUAAAGAAAUACAUGGGUGUAUUAUAGCCUGUGUAAAGUUAUAUUUACCAGAUGGAAGAGAAUAUUUUUCAAGGAACUUAUCUGGAAGUGACAGCGGGAACGGUAUAAUUUCUUUUGAAGAUUUUAAUAGACUGCAGUACUACCUUCAAGAAACAGUUCAAAGGGAAAAAAUGCUUGAAGUAAAACUUAAAGAUAUUCAAAAUAUAUUGGAUUUAUCUAAGAAAAAUGCUGCAAAUUGUUGGCAAGCUAUGAUUGAUGAAGAUAAAUUAUUGAAUAAAAUUGACGCAUUGGAAAAUAAAUUGCAAUUUUAUCAAAAAAACGCUACGGAAGAUCGCUUAAAAGACGAAGUUGUCAAAUUGCAAGAGGAAAAAUUCUCAUAUCAAAAUUUAGCUAAAGAGGCAUUGGAAAAAGUUUAUCAAGACAGAACCGAAAGUAUACAAAAAUUGUCAGUAAUUGAAUCUGAAUUAAAUAGUAGCCAAGAAGAAUGUUCAAUUUUGCGUGAACAAUUUGCAAAUAGUGAAAAACAUAUUGAAGAUUUAAAUAAUAGGUUACAAAAUAUGGAGACAGAAUAUUUGAAGUACAAAGAACAAAUUGAAGUUGCCAAUAAAGAAAAUAGUGAAAAUUCCAAAGCAGAUUCUGAGAAAAAUAUUCAGCUUAUCGAAAAAGGAAACGAAUGCGAGGACUAUAAAAAUUACAUAGCUGAACUAUUAAAAGAAAGAAACGAGUUGCGAAAACAGUUAAAUUCUCAUCACGACAGUAGAGAUGAAAGAAAUAUUGAUGGAGAGGAUGAUAACGUUUCAGAAAAAGGUGUUUCGGAAAAUAUUAUUAUGAAAUGGUUUGAAAACUCAGAUUUAAAGAAGACUUCUGAUUCUGAUGAUAUUAUCAAAGCUAUAUGUGCCGAUGAUCCGUUAUCGCAGUCACCUCAAUCUGAAGAGUUCGAAAAUGACAUAAUUGAAGAAAGCCAAAGGAGUUUACAACAUAAAGUUGAUUCUAUUGAAUCUAUUGCUACAACCAAAGCUGACGAUGAUGAUAUAAGCCUCAUAACUUCAAUUGGCUAUGAAAAAGGAAACGAUCAAGUACAACUUGAAAAUGCGCUUAACUUGCGUAAAGAUAUCGAUGCAUUCAGAGAAACGUCCAAAGAAUUAUUACUUUGCUUAUCUACAACAACAACUUCCAGCAAAAGUAGUGAAAUUGUAGGUAAAGAUGAAGAUAAUAUAAAUCAUAUUAAAGAAUUGUUGCUUAAAAUUUCAUUAAUGGAAGCUAAAAUUGAAAAAUACACCGACGAAUUAGAAAAGCAACGAACGAAUCAAAAUAUCGAAAUAAAUUUUAGUAACAAAAAUGAGGAUUCUAUUAGCAACGAAGAAACUAAAUUAAUUUCUGAACAAAUCACGGCUACCGAUUCGAAAAUAAAAGAUUUACAAAAUGAAAAUAAUUCUCUACGCGAAGAAAUCAUUAAUUUAAAAAACAAAACCCAAGCAGCAGCAUUAAAUGAAGAAACAAUCAACAUUUCUGCAACUGUUGCUGUAAAAUCUGAAAAAGAUUUUGGAAAUGAUCAUAUAAAAGAUAUUGACCAAGAAAUCGAAGAAGAUAUCGAAACAAUUAGUAACCUAAAUAUACGACAUGAAGAAGAAUUAAUAAUAUGGAAAGAAAAAUACGAAAAACUGAUUGCCGAUAAUCGUGAAUUAAAACAAAAAAUAGAAGAGAUUAAAACAAACACCAAUAGCUUAAUACAUAAUUCUUACUUCACACAAUUUUGUACUGUAGGGGCUGCAUUGAUUGCUGUUAUUUGUUAUUUAAUUUUAUCUAAAUUUUAAGAAUUUUUAUUAUUAUUUUUUUUUUUUACAUAUUUAAUUUUUUACAUAAGUUUAUUAAUAUAUACCAUUAUAUAAACAAUUAUAUAAAGAACAAUUUAAAAUAUUGCUUAAUUGUGUAUUUGUAAACGUAUACAAAGAACAGGUAAACUUUAUUAGAUACAAUAUUUAAAUUUAAUGAAAAUUUUUUAUUGUACUACUGCAUCAAAAAAUAGAAAUGAAGAUCUUACGAGCAUUUGGAAAAGGAAUCGUAUGUAAUGAAAAACAAAUUUUGCGUUUAAUAAAAAGGAUCUUUUAUUUAAAGUUCAGAUUUUCUUGCCGCAUUAGAACAAAAUGAUAUUUUUUGAACUUACCUACAUUAAAAUUUCAAUAAAAUUUGAAAUUAAUGUGAAGAAUUCUUUGGGUUUUUAUAUAUUUUUGCUAAUAUAAUUAAGCAUAUAUGUAUUUAUUCUUUGUUAAAUUAAAAAAUAGUUAUAAUUAUACAUACAAUAUUCAUUAAUUGAAAAAUACAAUUGGUAAUUUAUGUUCAAAAUAAUUAUACAUAUGUUAAUAAUUUGAAAAUAAAAACAAGCUGUUUAAGUUCUAGAGA